AUGUUUGUGUGUACAUUGGCUUGUAUGCUUGCAAACGGCAGAGGCUUUGGCCUGGUCAGGAUACAACAAACUCCGGCCAACGGAGUACACGGCACGCAAGACGACAAUUUAUUUGUCAGGACAGCCCGCGUCUGUAGUGGAGAUGGCGGAUGCUGGAGAAUGAACUGUCUACAACAUGUUGCCCAAAUCGGGUCUGGCCGACGUGAAGGCCAACAGUACGGAGGCAGGGAGAUGUUGGCCAGUCGACCGGAAGCGUAA